AUGAUUUAUAAAUGGACAGCUCGGGAAGUAAUAAGCAAUUUGAAUGGAUUUCUUUGUGUCUACAAGCAGCGUGACAUCUCGUUGGCCGCGUUGAAAGCGCUAAUUAUAAAGAGGAUAUGCGAACACGGCAAUGCCUUGAUGGUCCCGCCUCCUCCAACGAUUCAGCGGCCGAUUGUAGAGCCGCAUCCCAAAUCGGGGGCCCCAGUAGUUGUGGGAUUAAGAGAGCAGCCGGAUUACACGUACGUGUUAUACCGUAAUUAUAAAUUAUGUUACUUUAGGUUGCAUCCUCUCGUCAACGGCGGUACUUUCAACCCACUCGACUUCCUCCUCGAAGAAAUGGAGCCAAUGGAAGCCACGACUUCCGGAGUUUGCGGUAAGUCGUAUUUUGAGCUUAUUUUUUGUUCCAAGUUUAGUGUUCGCCCUGAAUGAUGCGGUUGAUGACUUGGAGAGUGUUCGAGACUUGGCCUGGGUCAAUGAAUAUCGACUGUGUGGCAAGUUAGGAGAAGCGUCGUUCAAAAAUGAGUGCAAAGGGCAGAUUGUGGCCAGAGCGAAAGCAGGUACGCACAAUUUGAUGGUUGCCUAGUAUAAUAUAAUUUUUUGCUUAUUUCGAAUGCAAAAUAAGGUCGAACGAAAUUAAAAUUUUCACAGAUUUAGUCCUCCUUGAUUUUCAGACCACAUAACCCCGAGAAUGUUCAAAAAACUGCUCACGAAAUUGUGCUUCCACUACAAGCGACUGUCUUUCGAGCUGGCCAAUGUGGACAUGCAGUCGGAAGAAGCGUUCGAAAUCGCGAGACAAGGCGCCGCAAGACCUCGAAUUAUCGGAUCACCAAUCAUCUAUGGCCUCAGGCUUCUGAAAUUCGACUUCCCGACCUUCGAACUUCAGAUGAAUGUGGUCUCAGAAAAUGACGUUUUCUUACGGUAAGAGGUGGAAUUUGCUGUCAUUAACAAUAGUAUAGGUGUAUUAUGUAAUGGUUAGACGUUUCAUGGCAGUACGGGUUAUAAAACGGGUAGAAAUUGAGGAAAAUUAUAUUAUCCAUGAUAAUUUUUGAAGAUUUUGGCUAAUUUUUGAGUUUUUUAAGUGUUUUUUGAAAAGUUUUUGAUAGAAGAGACUAUUUUGGAGGUUUUGGCGACUAACCGUGCAAAAGUCUGCGCUAUAAGAAAAAAAAAUUCACCUUUGCCUAGUGUAAUAUAAAUUUUUUGAUUUUUUCCAGUAGAACUGAUUUAACCCCCUAAUUAAUCCGUAUUUCAGCCAAUUCAUCCACGAAGUCGGCUGUUCGAUGGGAUCUCUGGCAAGGCCGACCAAAAUUCAGAGAGUUCGCAUAGGCCCUUUACUGAGAUCCCACGCCCUUUUGGACAGCCAAUUCCAGCUCCCAAAUAUCUUGAAAAACCUCAAAAUGAUCACAAGGAUCAUUGAAAUGGAGAAGAAGGUCAGGUUGGGACCCACGGUAAGAUUCUGAACCGUUUUUUUUAACACUUGCCUAGUGUAAUAUAAAUUUUUCUUCAAAAGCCUCAAAAAAGAGUUUCUAAAUGUCGAAUAUCAUACGAAAAUCAGUUAAAAAUACAAGCAUUAACUUUUUGAACAGUUAGAAGUCAUAAAUUUGCUGUUUUAUAGCAAUUUUGCCUAGUGUAAUAUAAAAAUUUUCAGGUAAAAGUCAUGGAGUCGAGUCAAAGCACCGGAUUCAUCCCCGAAUACCACCUUAGUCCCGAUGAGCUCAGCAAAGAGCGGGGUCGAGCUAUAGCGGAUGGAAUUGAGAGCGCCGAUGAUUUGAGGAUUCCAUGGGGUCGAGAAUAUACAAAACCAUAG